AUAUUCGGUGGGCGCAGCUGUUGCCACUUUCCUUCCCCUUCGGAUCACGAGAGCCACCAGGGUCGAGAGGAGAAUUUUGUAUCGCGUUCGAAUUGAUUGGCCGAUCGGAUCGGCCAAAUGGAGGUCGAAUCCACCAAGAAAAUAUCUUCCAGCCAAAACCAAAGGGAAACGAGGACCAGCAGGAGGUGGAGAAGAAAAACGGUGGUGGUUUGGGCGGCCAUCAUCGGGGUGAUAUUGGUGGUUGGGUUGGUCAUGCUGAUAUUGGGGCUCACCGUCUUCAAAGCCAAACGACCUGUCACCACCGUCAACUCCGUCUCCCUCAGGGAUAUCGAUGUCUCCGUCGACGUCUUCCGGCUGAGGGUGCUGUUGAACGUCAGCCUGGACGCCAACAUCGCCGUCAACAACCCCAAUAGAGUCGGCUUCCACUACGCCAACAGCACCGCCAUCCUCAAGUAUAGAGGCCAAGACGUUGGGCAGGUUCCCAUUCCGGCUGGCCACAUUGGCCCCCGCCAGACCCUCCCCAUGAACAUCACCCUCACCCUCAUGGCCGACCGCUUACUCUCCAACUCCAAUCUCUACCGGGACGUCCUCUCCGGUACAUUACCCCUCACUACUUUCACCCGAAUCUCCGGCUAUGUCCGGAUUUUGUUUAAGAUUCACGUGGUCUCCUACACCACCUGCGACCUCGACGUGGAUGUAGGCAACAGGAGGCUUACCAACCAAACCUGUCACUACAGGACCAAAUUAUAGCCGCCGGGUCUGCCUCUUUGCUGCUGCUUGACUUCGAGGCUUCGAUUGCUGCUGCUGAUUCCACUAGGCCAGUGCUGCUACUUGCUUUUUGCUUUGAUGCACUUUGUUUUGCUUUGUGGUUGUCUCAUGUCUGUAGUUAUACUCCGUCCUCCGUCCCACCCCACCCAUUUGCAGCUGCCAUGUCCAUUCUUGAAUGUUGAUGUUGAUAUCUUCUUCUUUUGUAUCUCAGCUGCAUAUCACUCUCAACAUUUUUGUCUCUGUGCUAUGUAAAUCCGUACGUUUUCCUUUUUCUCUUGCUAGUAUAUAUAUAAAGGCACUCAGGUAGAAACGGUGGUGUUAUUUUUAA